AUGCGAGCAGCUUUCUCGUCUUUAGUUUCUUUGGCUUUAGUGUCACUAGUGGUCAGCCAACAAAAUACAGCGUGUUCCACUGACGCUGACUGUAAUAAAGUAUGUGGUACCAAUAUGGUUGGACACUGCGAUCAAAACACAUGCCACUGUCACAACAUGAACGAAUGUGUCCAUGCAUCUGACUGUACAUGUGGUGGUAACCAAAUUGCUACGUGUGACAAUCACCAAUGCCACUGCCAUCACCCACGGCGUGCAGUGAACGAAUGUGUUCAUGCAUCUGACUGUACAUGUGGUGGUAACCAAAUUGCCACGUGUGACAAUCACCAAUGCCACUGCCAUCACCCACGUCGUGCAGUGAACGAAUGUGUUCAUGCAUCUGACUGUACAUGUGGUGGUAACCAAAUUGCCACGUGUGACAAUCACCAAUGCCACUGCCAUCAUCCACGUCGUGCAGUGAACGAAUGCGUCCAUGCAUCUGACUGUACAUGCGGUAAUGGCCAGAUUGCCACGUGUGACAAUCACCAGUGCCACUGCCACCACCCACGUCGUCAAGUGAACGAAUGUGUCCAUGCAUCUGACUGUACAUGCGGUAAUGGCCAGAUUGCUACAUGUGACAAUCACCGAUGUCACUGCCACCACCCACGUCGUCAAGUGAACGAAUGUGUCCAUGCAAAUGACUGUACAUGUGGUCAUGGUCAAAUUGCAACAUGCGACCAUCAUCAAUGUUAUUGCCAUCACCCACGUCGCGCCGUCGAGUGUACACAUGCAGAUGACUGCACUUGUCUACAUCAUCAAAUUCCCACAUGUGACAACCAUGUGUGUAAUUGCCAUCAUCCAUAGUUACAUUUUAUUUAUUAUAUACAGUUGCUGGUGACUUGCUUCUUAUUUAUCAGCAAGUGUUUGUUAAAUUAUCUUUUUAUAACCACUUACAUUGUCACUGAACGAUAAAUACAUUUUGUACAACAU